AUGUCAAGGUACCCAGUGACGGAGGAUGGCCUCACGCCCUACCAGCACCUGAAGGGCCGCGCGUACGGAGGAGCGAUCUGCGAGCUCGGCGAGACGGUGAUGUAUAAUAUCCAGAACGUGGCCCACCACAAGGCGGAUAUCCGCUGGGGCAAAGCCGUCUGGGUCGGGAAGGACAAUCGCACGGACGAGCACCUCCUGGCGACCGCUGCUGGUCGGAUGGCGGCGAGGACGAUCAGCAGGCGAGUUGAGGGCCAGCGAUGGUCCAGGAGCCUUUGCAACAAGGUCGAGUGCACGCCGUGGGGCUUUCCCGCAGGACCUGAGGCAGCACCGCCUCCCCCGCGCCGCGGCUACAUCGCGAGGGCCAUCAUCGAUCGAGUUGGACCUGCACCUGGUUGCGACGGCUGCUACGGGCUUGGCCACCCACGCACCGAGUCCUGCAGAGAUCGGAUCGAGAGCCUGCUCAAGGCCGAGGAGGACAAAGACAAGCAGGAGGCAGCACAGCUGCAGCACCCCCAGGAGGUGGAGAUCAGCCUGGGCAGCCUGCGCCCGCCGACGAGCAGCCUGCACCAGCAGCAUCGGCUCCAGCACCACCUGCUGUCCUACAUGGUCCAGAGGCAGAUCAAGGCGGGCGACCUCGCAGGCAAGCCGAGGAGGACGCAUAAGGUGAUCGCGGGCCUGUCUGUCAUUGUGGCGACCGCACUGCUGGCGGCAUUGACGUGCGACGCCAUUCCCUACGACGACGAAAUGGACACCAACAAGCACAGCCUCUACGACAGGGAGUCGACCUGCCAGAACGUGUUCGGGGCUAGGUCAGGGAGGAGGCUGGACCCUUCCUUGGUGAAGCAGGGCAGGGAGAAGGAGCACAGGCAGAUGGAGGAGUUCCAGAUCUUCGACCGCGUGUCUAAAACUUUCGCGAAGGGCAAGCGCGUCCGUGGGAAGUGGGUCGACGAUGAGCGCUGCGACGACGACGGCGUGGAGUCGGUCAGGUCGCGCUUCGACGUGCGGGGCGACACUUUCGCAGGCGCGCCACCGCUGGCCGCGUUCAGGCUGGUGGUCUCCUUCGCAUCAAGCUUCUAUUCCACGGGAACCGGCUGCGACGGCAUGCUCGCUCUCUAUGACAUGUCGGUGGCGUUCUUCCACGCGUAUAUCAACGAGGACAUCUACGCGGUGCCGCCCAAGGGAGAGGAGCCCGAAGGCAUCGUGUAUCAGUUGAAGAGGGCACUCUACGUCAUCAGGAGGGCCUCGUUCUUGUUUCAGAACCUGAUCUUGGAGGUCAUGGAGAAAGGAGGCUUCGCCCGCAUCAAGGUGAAGGUUCAAGUCUACUACCACAAGGAGCGCCUGCUGAUGGAAGGGUUAGACGUGCUCGACUGGCUGGAUGAGUUGGUGACAGGUCGCUUCAAGGUCAAGGUGAUGCCCAGGGUUGGGAGCCCGAGGCAAGGAGGAGUUGAGUCAGGCAGCUUCCUCGAGCGCACAGUGAAGUGGUGUCCCGAAGGUUUCGGCAUCAUGCACGAUUGUAAGCAUGUGGAGACCCUGGUUAGCACCAUGCUCAGCAGGAAGAUCGGCGAUAUCAACACCACCAAGCGCACGAUCACCCCGUCUUGCAAGACAAGCGGGAACGACUGCAGAGAGUCAUCCGACGAGCCCAGCACGGAGUACGCGACCACCUACCGCAGCAUGGCGCCUACCGCACUCUACGUCGCACGCGACCGCUUCGACAUCCAGCAGGCCGUCGGCUACCUCAUGAGGGGCAUGCAGCACACGCAGUUCGAGCCCUUCUUCGAGUUCCAGAGGAUGCCCGUGGGCGGUGGCUUCCUGUUCAUCGGCUUGCACCUGAUCGACGGCUGGAGCGGCCAGCAGGGCAACCGCGCCCCGAGCGUCGCCGAGGCGGAGUUCGCGGGCAUCGUGAACGGAACGGCGAGGGGCAUUUGGCUCCGCAGCGUGAUGUUGGAGAUGGGCUUCGGGGUGACGCUGCAGCACAUCACGGGCAGCUCUGGAGCCAAGGGCAUCGCAUCGCGCCCCGGAUGCUGCAUGGUGCGCCACCUGGAGACGAAGAACCUCUGGGUGCAGGAGAAGGUCAGGUAUCCGACCAUCACGAUGGCGAAUUUCCACACGGAUGUCAACAGGGCCGACAUGCAGACAGAGCCGCUGGAGGGGCCGAGAUUCCUGAAACUGCUGGCGUUCCUUCCACUUCGGACACCGUCCUCAGGGCGCGCGCAGGUGUUCGGGGUCACGCUGGCGGCCACCAUGCUCGGUGGAGUUCAGGGCUCGGCAGUCCUUCCAUACAACCAGGCGGUGAUUGUGGUGAGCAGUUCGACCGUGGCGGAGCGGAUCUGGACGACGAUGCUCACAGCGAUGUUCGGCUCGACGUUGGCGAUCCCAUUCCUGGCGACGUGGAUCGUGUACCGCAUAUACAAGGCGCCGUUGCGGUUCCUUAAGGGCUUGUGGGAACUCGUGAAGGCCGACGAGGACGAAAACGGACUGGUGGCGCGUCCACCGGCUGGGGAGGAGUAUGAGCAGUCAACCGACAGGCUGGAGAUCGAGGACUGCUGGCGGCCAGGCCGACACACGCAGACGGUGCCCGUGCCGCACUAUUGGACGUGGAGCGCAGUGGGCCUCAGAGCGGAGUGUGAGCGCCUGAGGAUCUACCACGGUCAGCUCAAGGUGCAGAUGAUCGUGGACCUGCUCAUCGGGGAGCUGCUGCUCGACCCCAGCGGGGGCGCCCCCGCCGCUGGUGGCGCCCGGGUGCAGCUCCUGCGAGGCCUGGCGCCCGGGACCGCGGAGCUGUACGUGGACCAUGCCGGCCAGGGCCUGCUGUCGCAAGACGCCUGGACGCUCAGCUUCGUCGACUACGUGCCUCCCGUCGGUGCCGGCGGCCCUCUGAAG